AUGCCUAAUAUUAUUGAACUUGACGAUAAUACAAAUGAGCUUUAUGAUCAUCAUAAUACUAAUGUUGGCACAAGCAUAAGUGUUGACUCUGACGAUAGUAUUGAUUCAAAUCUUGAUAUUAACGAUGCACCUCAAGAAAUGUUUUCACUUAGCAACAAUUUAGUACCAUCAAUUGAAGUUAGAAAAACUUUUACUGAUUGGUGUGAUGUUAAACAAUAUGUUAAGGCCUACACUAUAUCACAAGGUUUUGCAACAAGAUUGGACCAUACAGAGAAAAGCAUGAGCAUCAUUAUUAGAGCAGACAUUGUUUGUCGUCGUGCUGAUAUUCCAAAAAAAACAAGUACUGGGUUGAGAACUACAAAGAGCAUUGCAAUUGAUUGCUCAUUUAAAAUAGUAGUUCAUUUGAUUAAUAGUGAAUAUAGUAUAAGAUCCGCUGAACUUAAACAUAACCAUCCCAUGGAUACCGCAGUAACUUCGUUUGAUCCUGGACAUCGCAAAUUAAGUCAUAGUGAAAAAGAUCAAGUAAAAAUAUUAUUUGACAGUGGUGUACCAGUUCCAACAAUUAUUAGGAUGUUAAGUGAACAAUAUGGUAGAUAUAUUCACAACAAGAAUGUUUACAAUUCUUUAAAUUGUUAUUCACGUGACCGUGUUAAGGGCUUGUCACAAAUAUCUGAACUUUUAACCCAUUUACAUAACAAUCGUGAAUAUAAAAUCACUUAUUCAGUUAAUGAUAAUAAGCUUCACUGCUUAUUUUUUGCUAUUCAAUCUGCGCUUACAACAUUUAAAUGUUAUCCAGAGAUCGUAUUAAUAGACGCUACUAAUAAAAUGAAUCGUUUCGGAAUGCCACUUUUACUUAUUAGUGGAGUUGAUGCAAUAAGAAUUACAUUUCUUAUAGCAAGUGGACUUCUUGCCGAUGAAACUACUCUGACUUACUGCUGGAUACUUCAUCAACUAAAAAAAGUAGCAGAUGAUGAUGUUAUUAACAGGGUGCGAACAAUUUUAACUGAUAGAGAUCUUGCCGUACUUCCUGCAAUUAAAACUGAACUUCUACAUGUCAAGCAUCAACUUUGUACCUGGCACAUAGAACAAAACAUUGUUAAGAAUUUAACUAGCAAGCUUAGUAGUAAAUUUGUAGCAUUCAGUAAGGAUUUUAAAUUAGUCAUGACGGAAACUGUUGAAGAUCAAUUUACUAUUCGUUGGGGUCGUCUAUUAAAAGAAUAUCCUGAAGUUAAUAGUUACAUGAAACAAUGGAAGUCUAUUUCUCAUAUGUGGGCAUACUGUUAUACCAAUAAAAAUGUUAACUAUGGUAUUAGAACGACACAACGUUCAGAAGCUAGUAAUGCAUAUUUAAAGCGUCUGCUUGACCACACAGUACCUUUACCCGAAUUAAUUAAUAUGUUGGAAAAGUUAUCUCGUAAUCAACUUGAACGAUCCCAAUAUCAGCAAUAUCGUUUACGUGGAAGCACCCGUCAACAAUGCCCAGAAUUAUUAAAAAAUGUUUCAAUGGUUAUAUCAGAUUUUAUAUAUUCCUUGUUACUUGCUCAAUAUAAUAGUGCUGCGCUUUAUAGUGUUGAGGAACAGGGUAUUGGUUUAUUUAAAGUUUUUAAUAAAAAUCAUGAACAUAUAGUAUAUUGUACUGAGAUAGAGUUAGUAUGCUAUUGUGAUUAUGGCUUACAGUUUUCUUUACCCUGCCAUCAUAUUAUUGCCGUUCAUCUUACUCGUAAAGAAUCUCUAAGAGUUAAUUAUAUUGGCACACGUUGGAUUAUCCCAGCAACAGACACAGAUAAUAUAGUACAACCUGAAGAGCCAUAUGAUAUUAAUAAUAAGGAAAACUCUUCAACUAUUGUAUUGUCUUCUUUAAACUACGAUGCUUGCGAAAUUCCAAUUAGCAAACAAACAACAUUUAAAAGCACAGCUGAUUUAAUUAAGGAAAUUGAAGUAAUUGCCAAUAGGGUUGGCUAUGUUGAAAUUAACAAUUGUCUCUCUCUUUUCGUGAAUAAGUUGAACAACCAAUAUCCCUUACAACAAGCCGAUAUUGGUGAUCCUACAAAUAUUAAGAUGAAAGGAAGACCAAGUAAUACAAAGCGAAAAAAAACAGGUGCUGAACAUUCUACCAAAAAGAUAUAUGUAUAUAGAGUUGUCCUUGCAAGGUAA